GUCACGCAAUACUUGCAUAUCUCUCGCUCUGUUUGGCAGCCAAUUUUUCUUCCCUGAUAAAGCGUUCGAACGCUGUCUCGAUAACGUGGCAACAACCUGCUCGUGUAAACCUCUUCAGACGAAGUGACAAAUCAUGGUGAAUCUUUUUGUAAUCGCUCUUACCGGAGACAAACGAGUAUUUCAGCCCGGAGAUACAAUUUCUGGCGUGUUGCUUUUGAACACAAACAAGGAAAUUACCUUGAGAGGUGUUCGUGUUGAGCUGCAUGGUGUGGGAAAUGUGCGUAUUCGUUCAGGUAAAGUCACCUACGCCAGGAGAGAAACCUAUCUUGGCUUUCAGUCAAUUCUUCUGGGAAGAGCACCUUUUCAAGCCGGAAGUGACAUCAAGCUUCAACCCGGAAACUACAAUUUCCCUUUUCAAUUCCCACUUCCGGUAUCCCCAUUACCAACGUCGUUUGAAGGUGCCUACGGUAGUGUACGAUAUUGGUUAGAUGCUGUGGUGGACCGACCGUGGAGAAUUGAUCUCAAUACCCGCACACCCCUAGUAAUUGUAGAGCGCGUACAGAUUAGGAGUCCAGAAUUCCUCGAACCAAGAUUGAAACAAGAAGAUCGUAUGUUGGGUUGGCCAUGUUGCCCUUCGGGCCAGCUGCACACCAAAGCCCGCAUAGGAUGUCUAGCUUAUUGCCCUGGUCAGGAGGUCAAGAUAUCUGGACUAGUAAAUAACGAGAGCAGCAAAACAGUUAUCGGUUUUGAAGCGCAACUUGUACAGACAGUGCUAUACAAGGCACCUGAAGCUACGACACGUACAGUGACAGAGAAGCUUUACGUCCUCAAGAAAGAACAAGAACUAGCACCUGGAGAUCAAACCAAUGUCGAGUUUGAUUCUUUCGUCAUACCACCUGUACAACCAACGACGAAGGGAUUUGGAUGCAUUGACAUUUCGUACGCAAUUAAGUUUAAAGUGCGUGUGAAGAAGGCCUUCAAUACCGACAUAAUCUUCCCAGUUGUGAUAACUACAGUACCCCCUAACACUGAGCCCUCAGCUGAUCCGGUCUUAAGAGAACAGAUCUUUAUAGCUCUUGCCAAUUACCUCGCGUCACGUGCUGCUGCAGAACUAGACAGCAAUGCACAAGAAGCGACCGAGGGAGAAAGAAACACUGUUUGGGAUAGACCAUCUGCUCCUGAAGCCGUUGGUCCAUCUGUUGCCAGCAGCAGCGAGAGACCUGGGUCUACUUCUGGCCAGCCAUAUCAAUAUUACAGAAUGGCGUAAAACGCCAUCGAAAUAACAACAAAAACAAAAUAGCAGAAGGGGGAUCUAGGUCUAUAUUCCACGUGUGUUUUGUAGCUUUUGCAGCGUGACACUCAUAAAUAUAUAUAUGCAGGUUCUCCUGAUAUAUGUAAAUGUUUUUUCUUUUAUUAAAUUAACACCUCAGAAACUCAUAGUGUUUAAUUUAGUUCGUUUUUCCCCACGUCAGCUUGGAAUUUUAGUAAUGGACGAUCUAUUUACUGUAUUUUGUUUACUGAAUUGAUGGUAGGCGUGCAGAUAGUUACAUUACUGACUAUGAACAGUUAUAAAUCAAUGAUAUUUUGACCUUAAGAUAAAAUAGCAGGUCGCGAUUUUAUUGAUACGGUUAUCUGUUACUUUCUGGAAAUUUAUUAUUCGUCAAAUUCAAACCUAUGUCUCUCAGAUACUAACAGGGCGUUACUACUAACUGAAUUUCGAAGCCAUAUAUUACAAGCUGGGCAAAAUUCAGUGAGUUUAUUAAGGCUUGCACCAUGGGAUUCUACAAGUUUGCUUGGGCAAGAAGCUUUGAUACGUUAGUCAGCAAUUACAUCGCCUUUGGUUUUAAGCAUUUGUGACGUCUUUUCCAUGAUUAGUAAGAGCAUGUACCAUGAAAACUUGUGGUCCGUUUGCUAAAGUUAUUAAAAUCUUUUCACAGAAUACAAGUGAAUACCCUAUACAUAAGUUCCAUUUUCUUUCAUGUGUGCUAAAAAAUGUAGUGGGAAAAAAUGAUUUGACAGGAUUAGGCAUGUUGCUGUAUGAAAACACCUAUGUUUUGAAUAGUGAUUAAAUAUUAGGUUUAUGAUUAAAUUUUCUUAUACAGAAGCCUAA